GGUUACCUCAGACAGAGCAGUGACGGCAGGUGACAUGGCAGUAAUACGACACACAGGUGCUGCAGAGAGACUCGCGGAUUAUAAUGAUUAACAGGCGAUGGCAGCGGGAUUUACUCUGAGUUUUAGUAAAGUUUACAGUCUCUAUCGUUUGAGCAAAGAUAACUCGUUAAUUGAAUCCACCUUUAUUUGUUUUUUAAAGCGCAAGUGCGUCUCCAGUCCAACCUGAAUGUCUAGACUACCAGGAAACGCCGGUGUGUCGGUGCUCGGAGACAAGUCUCUGGAGUUCUACCGGGACCCGGUGAGCUUCUGCCGGCUGAGGAUCGAGAAACACCGGAGCAGAGUGUUUCUGUGCCGCAUGCUGAACAGACCGACUGUCUUCAUCUGCUCCGUGCAGGCGAUGAGAGAGAUGCUGUGUGAGAAGUCCAACGUGUUUCUGAAGGAUCCAACUGACUUGAUGACCAACAUGUACGGUGACACCGUUGUCACCACUAAUGGUGAGGAGGCAUGUCUUCUCCGCCUGUCUCUCACCACCCUGUUCACAGGAAAUUGUUUGAAAUCAUCAAAUGAUUAUAUCACCAGUGUGUGUGAGCGCUGUCUGAAGGACCUCUCUCUCAGUGGCCAGCCAGAGUGUGUGUACACUGCCUUUAAGCGUCUGGGGACAGAGUUGGUGUUGGGCCUUUUUCUGAACGUGCGAGCGGAGGAGCAGCCUGAACUUUUCCAGGAAAUCAUGCAGCUGUGCACCCAGCACUGGCAUGGUCUGAUAUCUGCCCCGGUCAGCUUGAAGGUUCCUCUGUGGUCGUCGGGUUUCUCCAACGCUCUGGUCGCCAGGGACAAACUGAUGGUCAUCAUCAAAGACAAACUGGAGAAUGACACUGAGGGUUUUGUGGGCUCCCUCGGUUCUUUGCCGCUGCCUGACUCCAGUUCUGCCUCCCAACAUCUCCUGCUGUUCAUCUCAGCUCUGAUCCCCAAAGCUCUGGCAUCGCUGCUCACCUCCUUCACACUGGCACUCAGCGGAAACGAACAGGAGGAGAUCCGUCGGCGAGCGUUGGAAGACCCUGAUUACCUGCGCACAGUACUGCUGGAGGUUCAGAGACUUUGGCCUCCUUUCAUUGGUGGACGCAGAAUAGCUAAUCAGGACUCCACGCUCGCAGGGUUCCAUGUCUCAAAGGAUAAUGGUGUGAUCUAUAUCAGCCACUCUGUCCACCGCGACCCAGAGGUUUUCCAUCAGCCAGACGACUUCCUGCCGGAGAGAUGGAGCGGAAGGAAUGCAGGCCAGGAGCACUUCCUGUGUUCCUUUGGCAACGGGUCCAGAGGCUGCAUUGGAACUAAACUUACCGAUGUCUUCCUAAAGGAAGCGUGCCUGUACCUGUUAAAGCACUACGACUGGUGUUUGGACCCUCCGUCGCAGGACCUCGAGUACAAAUGGCUGCCUGUGUCUCGCCCCGCCAACCCCCCCGCCAUCUCCUUCACCCGACUGGAUCAGACCGGAUCUGACAGGAGCGACACCGACUAGGGAUGCACAGUAUGUUUAGUGAUGCACCUGCUGAUAAGUUGAGCAAAAAAAAAAAAAAGGAAAAGAUAUGAACACUUAAAACUGUAGCUAGAGGCCAAAUAUGCCUGUCUAGAAUGUGCAGAACAAGCUGGAAAAUAUGAGCGCACACAGAGGGAAGCCAGCAAACUGUGAGGCUUUCCCCCGCUGCGUAUAAUACAGUAAUCGUCCUGGGGAAAGCCGAGGAGCGCGCCGGUUUCACUCUGUGUUCCUCUGCCAGAUAUAUUCCGCAGCUUUUUGCUCGAUGAAUCUGCAACAGAAGACAAAAUAAAUGACUCACAAUCAUUCUUUCAUUGCUGAAUCUGACAUCGCUAGACAGCAUUUUUCGGUCUGUUUUUUUAAUUAGUCAUUUAUUACAGUUUAAAAAAGAUUAACCAGAUCAACAACGUGAAGAUCUUUACCUCACUGAACCUGUCUUAUCCAUCAAAUAUUGCUUCUAGAUUGAAUUGAGAUGCAUUUGGUGGAGUUUGCUCAUCACAUUUUCCCCUCCACACUGCAGUAUCAAUACUUAAACCAAAUAAAUCCAAGGGAACACACACACACACACACACACACACGUGCACACACACACACACAGAGGUAAGCCCUAAGAUUCAAUACCUAUAACUGCAAACCUGUCUCCCCUCCCCCUUCCACCACCUAGCAACCAGCACUGCUUAGCAACAGUUCGUCAUACCGACACUGACUUUAGUAUGCAAGUCUCACACACACGCACACACUCACAUGCACUAACCUGGUUAUUUUUGAAGGCAGUUGGCAGUGAUACACACACCAUCUGAAUCACAUGUAAAUGAUGCCAGAAGGCGUUUCGAGAGCGCACGCCUACAUUUUGAAUAACCUCAGUAACCUGAAUGAUUUUUAGCACAUGACUCAUAAACCAAACUAGACUUACUCUGUGUCUAAUAAAUAGUUUUAACUUCUUAUUUAUUAAUAUGCAAGUGUGGUACACAGUUUUUAUAUUAUAUUACAUAUUCAUAAUAAUUUAAGUGCUGUAAUUGUUAAAUUAAUUCUUCAUGUUGUCCUAUGUUCCUAUUCAUGUAAUGUUAGUUAGUAUGACAUCUCAACUAUUAUGCUACAUUGUUUUUUUAUGAGCCUGUGUGCUAUAUUUUUAGUAAAAAACUAACUAACAUUUGAAGUGUUUUACUGUAGUUGCUUCUGUUUCUGUAUCCUGUCAAAUUUACAAGUGAAA